ACUGCUGCUGCUGUCUGAGAAAUAUCAAGACUCUCAUCCCGUUCGCAGAAAGAAUAAAAAAAAAGAGGGGAGAAAUGACGUUAUUUGACCAUGUGCCCAAAAUCCUUAAUGAAUAACUUAGAACGAGGAGGAGGCAAACGCUGCCCCAGCUGUUUCCUGUUGAAAAUGUCUGUGUAAUAUAGAUAAAUGUGAGGGAUUUUCUCUCUAAAUCCGUCUCCUGUUCGCUAAAUCUCACUUCUCCAAAACGAGCCUGCGCAAUGGAACAAAGUGGGAAUAUUGAGAUGUGACAUUGCCCCGCAUCUCGUCCUCUUUCUUGCCCCGAUUUCUUUUUUUUAAUGACUUCAAACAAGUUGCUCAUUUUCGCCGGGCUUCUUUGUCUUUUUGCGGAGAUCCGCGGUGAUGUCUAGUGCUGCUUCCUCUCAGUGGCAUUUAUGUGAUGUCCUCAAGGGUGCGAUGUGCUGUAUCUCCUGUAGCCACACCCUCUCACUACUGCUGUGCAUCCUCACCCUGACUCCUACAGCAACAGGGGCGGGCCCGGAGACCCUAUGCGGGGCGGAGCUGGUCGACACGCUGCAGUUUGUCUGUGGAGAGAGGGGCUUUUAUUUCAAUAAGCCAACAGGCUAUGGUCCCAGUGCAAGGCGGUCGCACGGCAUCGUGGAUGAGUGCUGCUUCCAGAGCUGUGAGCUGCGGCGCCUGGAGAUGUACUGCGCACCUGCAAAAACCAGCAAGCAGUCUCGUUCUGUACGUGCACAGCGCCACAUAGAUGUGCCGAGAACUGUCAAGGUCAGUAACCCGGGACAUAAAGUGGACAAGGGCACAGAGCGCAGGACGGCACCGCAGCCAGACAAGACAAAAAACAAGAAGAGACCUUCAUCUGGACAUAGUCACUCAUCCUUUAAGGAGGUCCAUCCAAAAAACUCAAGUCAAGGCAGCUCCGGGGGCAAAACUUACCGAAUGUAGGGAAGCAGGAAGCGAAAGAGAGAAGGGAGUGGCCUUACCUGGUACCCCUGUGGAACGGUUCACUGGUUCACUGUAAAACAAAACGAAAGGAUGCGAAAAAUGGCAGAAAAGCUUAAAAAAAAAAAAGAAGUUGUGUUUAAAGGCUGGAUGAGGGUACUUGUGAUCACCUCAUUCCUUAUGAGGAGGAAUUCUUUAACUCAUUGUAAAAGACUAGUUUAGCUGCUAAGACACAGUACGAGCUUGCAAUUCCCUUCAUAUUUAAGCUGCAAUAGCCCUCUUUCCUUUGGCUCCAGAAAGGGUGGGAACAUCACCCAGACAGGAAUGAGUGGUCACAUCCAUUUCACUCUUCACAGUCACAUAACAGUUUAAUAUCCCUGUUGAAAUUCAGAGUUUGUUUUUAUGCACUAUAAAUUUACUGGGGAUAUGUUGGUCAUCUUAAAGACCAGGACCAUGUGGUUUAUUGUUAUACAUUUAAACAAUGCUGUUGGUAAUUUCACCCUGAGGCGGACUUAAAUCCCUGUUAUGUGGAGUGGCUAGGGGGUUUGAGAGCAAUCCAUUUCCUUUCUAAGCCCCACUAAGUGUUCAGAACUGGAUCCAUAAUACGCACGCUUUAGGUAAUUUGUAGGUUUCAUUUUUUAAAAAUAAAAUAAAGAGCUUUAGUUUUUUUCUGUUUUCUAAAGCACAGAGAUUUGUUUUCACUUGUCAGCUCCCUCGUUUGGUUUAUUUUAAGAAAUAGGUCAGUGGAUUCAAAGUUCAUCUGGCAUAAAUGAGCAGAUUAAUCAAACAGUGACCACCAGACAAUAUGUUUGUCGUCUGUGUGCUUUUCGCUGGUCACAACCUUUGAGAGAUUGCAAAACAUUUACUUCUUAUUAAUCAGGAAUUUUAAGUCAGUUUUUUUUAACAUGAUUUUCUAAAGGGUUAUUUAAGGAAUUGUUUUUAAAUGAGCAAAGACUAAAACAAAAAAGUGAAGUUAAAAAUAGAAUUUUCUAAAUUAUAAGGAGUUUGUUAUAGAUCGGCACCAAAUAGCUCAUGAUUGUGCAUUAGAAGAAGAUUCCUGUUUAACAUUUUUACAUAAAAAGUUUUAGUGUGCAUUGUGAUCAGUCCUUCAGUACUUAAAAAAAUCUUUAGGUUUAUGUCUCCAACAGGUUUGCAUGUCUACAGGAUAAAACCAUCCUUCAUUUUUUGUUGCAAAACAGGUUUAUCCAAAAUUGGAUGGAAAAUCCUUGUGGAUUUUCUCCUUUUUAAUACCUUGGGUCUGUGAUAAAGCCCUUCUAGUUGAUCCAACCAUUUCAAACUAGCUCCAGCUUUAUUCUUUGCUUUGCAUUUAGCUAUAUUCUUGUUCCUGGUUCCCUGACCCUAUAAAACAAAAGCAUCCCAACAGUAUGAGGCUUCUACCACCAUGUAUCCCAGUGGAGAUGGUGUAUUCAAGAAAUGGGGAGCAUUUUUCUUCCACGUCGAGCAAAAAAGUUCAAAUUCAGUCUCUUAUCAUUUCAUCGUCCUCAACCUGUUUGCUUAAUUUCUUGUUUGGCUUCUGACAAACAUAAACAAAACUUUUGGAGGGGUUCUUUCAAUGAUGUUCAUCAUACAUUUAAAAAAUAAACUAAAAGGGAAAUAUGUGUGGUUUAGCUGUGAAUCUCUGCAGCUCCUCCUGGAGCAUUUCCAUUCUGGUCAGUAUUUGUGGGAACAUUUUAUUUAGAGGAAUCAGGCCAGAAGGGACUGAUCACUCAAACAAACCAUAAUUUUAAAAUAUUUUUUUUUUUACCCACUUCUCAAUUUUGAGCUGUUAUGUGUUAUUUUUUAUUACUUAAAUUCCUAUUAGAAUAACUGCAGAGAUAUUUUUUUUCUUACAUAACAAAAUGUUGACAUUUUUUGUGGAGAUAUUGAUUCAUUUCAGGCACAGAAACGUUUGUUCAGUCGAUUAUCAUUACCUGAACUCUUAUUAUUCAAUGAAUUCUAGUUUUGGGUUUGAUUCUUUAUUUUGACGCAGUGACAAGAGUACAACCAAACAACACAACAUCCGUUACAAAGUCCACCUUAAAGUCAGGCAGAAUAAACUGGUAAAUAUUACCAGCAAACGUCUGAUUGGCAAAUGCAGACCCACAUUUAAACAUGCAGUAGCGAUGGCAAAUAUAUGAAAAUAAAAUCAUCAAAUAUAACUAAGGGUCAUGAUAACAUUCACAAAUUUCACAAACAAGCAAUUUCUGAGAAGUCCUUGCAUGAAUGGACUGGACACUGAUUUUUCGUUUGAGCCUCCCUGAUUUUGCCCCAAACAUGUCUCAUAUCUGGCUCUGCUUCCUCUCUCUGUGUAUAAUCAAACUGUACUCCCAUUAUGUUAAUCUAUGCAUUACUAUCACUCAUUGUACAUGAUGGUUUCAUAUAACAAAACUGUAUUAAAAAAUCCUAUCCACUGUAUAAUGGUGCUAUUUUAUAGUUUACUUGCAAAGAGAUGGAAAAGACAGAUGGAUGGCAGGGCUUACAUUGGAGGUCUUCCCUUUUGCACAGCCUUGUGGCCACCAUGUUGAUGGUGAUUUUAUUUGUAAGCAGAUUCUUAAGUGAAAGCAACUAAAUGUUUCCGUGUGAACUCUGUGAAUGCAUGGAUAAUAAAAAAAAAGAGAAUGAGUAUACAAUGUUGUGACCCCAGGAAGGCAUAAUGCUAUUUUUUCUACUAUUCUUAAAUUAUUUUCUCAAUAUAAAUCCCUUAUGCCAAAUGUCUUGAUAGAAAUACUGUAAACUGUGAUUCUUCUAAUUGUGUCAAGAUUGUUAAAAGUCGUGGUGUGCUUUUGUCUGUCCAGAGUGCGUGUUGCCUGCAAAUGCCUCCCUGGAAGCCAAAGUGUCAAAUAUGAGGGAAAUCAAAGUGGGAUUAUGCAACUUUUGCUUAACAUCUCCUACUGGUGACAGAAAGUAAAUUAGUUAUAAUCAUUGCCCUUUCAAAUGUCUUCCAUUUCAUGAAAGGCAUUCUUUUCUUUUUAUAUUUUCCAUGAUCAUAUUUAAGAUUGGAAAUUAGUUUAUGUAAGGUCCGAAAAUAUUACUAUACACUACUAUACGUAGUGGGAAAUUACUAAUUUUAUAUGCUUUUAAUGUCAAAAUGUAUCUGUGAAUAAAAAGGCACGUUUCAAUUUUCCAACUGAUGGUAAAACUAGAAUCAGGUGAUUGUUGUAACUAUUAGCCAGUAGCUAAAAAGCUGAAAACUGUGUAUUAUACCAUAUUUUAUAUGUUCAAACCCUUUGGCAACAUUUUUGGUAAUGGAUACUGUAUAAUAGACAAUGCAUAUUUAACUAAACAUAAUUCAGAAGAGUAUAAGUACUGCAGUUGUGCAGCAAAAGUGAUAUGUGAUAGGUGGCCAUCUUGGAUUUUAUUUUUUAAGGCGAGUUUUUCAACUUCUAGGAAACAAAUGUUAAGACUUUGGCGGUACUACAAUAAAAUUUAAAUGUUUUUCUUUAAUUGCACCCUCUGAGUUUUUACAUAAAUCAAUCACACAUUUUUUUAAUUUUAAAAAGUUGCAUGGUCCCACUUCUAAAGAAAUUUUUUAAAAAUAUAUAUUGAGAAAAAUCUGACUUCAUUUUUGAAGUUCAGGAGCAGGAUUACACUCUAAAGCCACAUUUCUACAACAUUUGCAUGCAUCCCGUUGAUGGAAUAGGCCUUGCUCUUUAACUUAAAAAAUAAGAUGAAGUAAUGAAUUUUUUGCAAUGGUUUUUAGUGUUUUUUUUAUACAUAUUUUUGCCCUGAUAAUUAAGCUGAAGUAAAAACUAGUUGAAGAAAAUAUGUUCCUACUAGAAGUUUAGGUAUACAGUGCAUACCAAAGACUUUUUAGAUCCAUUGUAGCCCAUUAAAAUAUAAAUAUAGCAUGAUUCCAUUGUGUCUCCACUACAAUACAGUUUAACACAACGUUUAGGUGUCUGAAUUAUGGCUUGUGUUGUAGAAAGACAGAAAUCCUUGGUGUAUACGGCAUAUUUUAAGGAGCAAACCACAGAAACGACUUCAAAUCAUCAGCUUUUAUGAAUCACUCAAACAUGUCAAGCUGUCAGUGGUGUGAAAUAAUCAGAAAAGACUCAAGCGUGGGAGGAAGUAUGCAAACAUUCAUGACUCCCUGAAGUGUUAGAUGUAUUUUCCUGAAGCUCACUGUCCAAGAACCUGUUUGAUUACAGCCCUGUUAUUUAUGGUGCUUGAUUGCCUUCUGUAAGGAAAGAAAAUACUGACAAACUGUUCACCAUUCCUGCUGAAUAAACCACUUGUCAACAUCA